GAUCAAAAUGCCUGGCUAGUCUGGAUAGGUUCGUUGCACACAACUCAGUGGCAAAUCAACUGUGUUGAGAGCCAUUAGCAUUUUUUUUUUUUUAUUCUUCUUCCAAUUUUUUUUUCUUUUACCCCUCGCAAAAGUCGGAACGACCCCGUCCAGCAGAUUGUGAUUGCACCGCCAGCGGAUGAACCACCCUUUCAUAAAUUGAACCGAUGCCCGAGACCGCCGAUCAUGUGAGGUUUGAGCGUUGUACAUCCUGGCAAGCAACUCGCCCGGUUCAGGUCUCGCCAUUGUUGCUUGACCACCUCAGCAUAUUUAUUCUCCUGUCAGGGACCCUCCGUCUCUUUGCGUCUGCGCGACUGCUUCCCUUCCUUAUUAUCAUUUCACCAUGGCGCCGUUCCGCAACUUCUUGUCCAGAAAGUCCACUGCCCCCAAUGGCGGGGAAGUCAGUGCCGCUCCCACCGAUAACUCUGCUAGCCAUGCCUCACUCGAUACUCAUGGCUCGAGUCCUUUGAACUUCAGGAAGAGUUCGGAAAACGAACCACCUGAAUAUAAACUCAGUGUCGUCGACGCCAAUGGAAUCUACCAUCCCCCCUCACCUCCAGAGAAACAGGGCUUCUGGCGCAAGUACCCUGGUUCCCCGAGAUCCUCGCACCAUCGCGAUCUCGUAAAUGAGAACGAACCCUUCUCGAUAUCUCGCGAAUCAUUCGAUUCGUAUCGCCGAUCAUUUGAUAUCUCCGCCCGAUCACCCGUAUGCUAUACCGAUGCGAUGCCAUCUCGAACAUCGCUCGACUCUCGAGUCUCCCAUAUAACAUCAACACCAUCUACGCUUUACUCGAAUUUAAGCAAGCAACCGGAAGCCAUGGAAGAAGAGCAAUACGAAGAGGUUGCGCUCGACGACGAGGAGGUCAAACCAAAGCGGAAGAGCAUCUUCUCUCGGUUCGGUGACUUUACAAACGACUCCGCCCAGAACUCUAGUACCUCUAAAUCUUCGACUCUUGGAUUUCACAUCCCGGGCCGUAAAAGAGGCCCAAGCAAUCCAGGCUCAGAGCUAGGUACUUUCAAAGCACCGCCGGUUAAUGCGGAAUCGGAGGUGCAUGAUGCGUGAUACGAACGCAGGGGGUGUGUAACUAUAUACUGGGUAAUUCAUAAUCUGUAGGCGUCUGGAUGGGGAUUACCAUUGAAGUGUCAUUUUUUUUUCUCUUUUGCUCUGUUCAAUCACCCUCGACAGUUGUGCUUGUUGCUUGUCUGAUUCAUAAUCUGUGUGGGUUUUGGCUUAAAUUUAAUCGCAUUGCGCGCUGUCGGGGCUUUGCAUCGGUGACUUUUUGAUGUUUCUUUAGAUUCAUCGAUAGAGAUUCCUGCGUGCGAAAUCUAUCUUUUUAUCUGCAUCC